CCGGUUUCUGGAGAGUUCUUGAGGCUUAAGCGUUGAGAGACAGACAUCUCUCUCCGCGGUAAUCUAUGCGUAUGGUACACUGGUUUUGUUCAAGAAUGUAGUGUAUAAGUUUUCUUUUCCAUGUAAGUGUUGAUUUAAUAUAUCUAUAUAGGGGACUUUGCAUUGUGUAUUGAGUUUUUGGGUAGUUGUUAAUUUGUCGACGAGAUACAGAGUGCUCGGUUUUGGGUUUGUUCAGGGUUUGGGUUUGGUGGAAGGAUGGCAAAUGGAGAAGAGAAAAGUAGCAGUAAUGAUUUGUACGCAGUUUUGGAGUUGAAUAAGGAAUGCACUCCAACAGAGCUCAGGAAUGCUUAUAAGAAGCUUGCACUGAGGUGGCACCCAGAUCGUUGUUCGGCUUCCGGGAAUAUGAAGUUCGUCGAAGAAGCCAAAAAGAAGUUCCAGGCUAUACAGCAGGCAUAUUCUGUUCUGUCCGAUGCAAAUAAGAGGUAUAUGUACGAUGUGGGAGCCUACGACAGUGAUGAUGAUGAAAAUAUGCAGGGUAUGGGAGACUUUUUGAGUGAAAUGGCAGAUAUGAUGAGUCAAACCAAACCUCGUGGAAAUGGGGAGGAGAGUUUUGAGGAACUGCAAGAGCUGUUUGCUGAGAUGUUCCAGGGUGACAUUGAUGCAUUUGGUUCUACUUGUCCAUCGACGACAGCUUCCUUGUCUUCCUCCGCUUCACAUUCUAUGUAUGUCAGCUAUAGUGAAGGUUCUGGCAGCAGCAAUAAGCCCAGUUCCUCCGAAAUGAAUUUCACCAUGUCAGCGGGUUCUUCAAUUUCUGAUUCUCACUACCAGAAAUUCUGUAUAGGGGUCAGCACCAGCAAGACUUCAAGAAGGGGAAGGGAGUAAGACGAGGAGUUCAGGGCGGAGCUGGCAAUAGACAAAGGUCCAGCGGCCGCGGAACCAAUGUUUUCCUCUCCAAAGAGGAUGGCGUUUCGGCUGCAUGAUGCGUAAUUUUACAACAUUUUGAUGCUUCAUUUUUGCCAUAUCUGAACUGCAAGGCCAUAUCAUGUGGUAUGUAGUGCAUAGGAUGUAGUUCCAGUGUAAUUGUAUUAUUACUGUGAUUUGUUGGAUCUACUUCAAUUUUAUGUAUUAAGUAAAACAUCAAUUUGGAAUUCAGGAGUAAUAUUCUUGUGGUCACGCGUUGGAUUUUGGGUUAA